UGGAAGCUUGAAGAAAACAUGAACAGAGAGGUGAAGCUCUGUAUAUACCUGUUUUCUUCAGUGGAUCUGUAUCCCUAGAACCUAAAAUACAGCUUACAAAGAACAUACACUGAGUAGAAAUUGUUUGAUGGUUUGCUGUCAAAAUCGCAACAGAACAUAAAAACUAUCCCAGAAGCUGGAGACAAAGGGAUAAGAAAACCAGGACCGAAUGGGGCUGGAGUAUAAGGGUUAAGAUGAUUAUGCUGCAGCACCACGGCCAACCAAAUUCCUCUGAGAAUACAAAGGUUACAUUUUAAGGAUUGUAAUAUGGUUUGAAAGAAAAAAAAAAUAUGCUCCAUAUAUUCUGAAAACAAAAUUCUUUCACUCAAUUUUCUACAGUGUUACCAACAGCAGCAACAUCAAAAGUGGGUUCAACUGAUUCCCAGGGAAAAAUCAGAAACAAUCCAGACCGUGAAAGUUCAUUUCGGUCUCUGCUAUCCCUCUGACAACUGACUGGGUAGAGACGGAAAACAAAACAAAUGACCAAAUUGUGGUAGCUCUGGUAAAUGCAUCAGGGAUGCACUAGAUUGACGGUUAAAACAGAUCUCCAGACUAGCAAAACAUUUUAUUUUUUGUACGAUUUCUCUAAGGAGACAUGAUUAAUCAAAAAAUGGCAAAUAUACAAGAACAUAAUGGCAUAAUUCUAGGAGGCAAAACAUCUCCCUCACAGAAUACACAUUCAUUUUAAAACCUACAAAAAUUUUACAACGAAGUUGAAGACUAGGGGUAGGGACAACAGAGUGGCAGGGGAAGGAGCCACAGGAUGAAGCGGUAUGAUUUUAGGGACACGGAAAAAAUGACAGCUGCUAAAGCAAAAUACUCGCAUCAAGAUGACUUGCUAGUUUGGACCACGUUGCGUUAGCGACAAUGAAAAUCUAACGGAAAAAACAAAACAAAACAGAACAGACAAGCCCCACUUCGAAGCCCACCGCCACCCGGCGGCGGCCUCAGACUGGGAAGGAUACAGAAAAUUUUAACUGAAGACUCGGUGCCCUGGAGUUUUCUCUACAGACAGCAGACUGAUAUUUGAAGAAGUGUUCUCAUUUAUUGGAGAAAAAUAUGAUGAAUCCAUCCCAAGUAUCCCUCUUGUUUUUAAAUGUAUGUAUUUUUAUUUGUGGAGAAGCUGUACUAGGUAACUGUGUUCAUCAUUCUACGGAUUCUCCAGCAGUUAAUAUUGUAGGUGAUGUAUCUAGUGCAAAAGAUGAAAGUCAAAGUAAUGAUACUGUUUAUAAGGAAGACUGUGAAGAACCAUGUGAUGUUAAAAUUAAAGUUACACGAGAAGAAAGACAUUCAAUGUGUAGAAAUCUACAAAAUUCUAUUGUUACCUACACACGAAGUACCAAAAAACUACUAAGAAAUAUGAUGGAUGAACAACAAGCAUCCCUAGAUUAUUUAUCUAAUCAGGUUAAUGAGCUCAUGAAUCGAAUUCUCCUUUUGACUACAGAAGUCUUCAGGAAACAGUUGGAUCCUUUUCCUUACAGAACAGUUCAGUCACAUGGUUUAGACUGCACUGAUAUUAAAGAUACCAUUGGUUCAGUCACCAAGACACCAAGUGGUUUAUAUAUAAUUUAUCCAGAAGGCUCUAGUUACCCAUUUGAGGUUAUGUGUGACAUGGAUCACAGAGGAGGUGGAUGGACUGUGAUACAGAAAAGAAUGGACGGGAUAAUUGAUUUCCAGAGGUUGUGGUGUGAUUAUCUGGAUGGAUUUGGUGACCUUUUAGGAGAAUUUUGGCUAGGACUAAAAAAGAUUUUUUAUAUAGUAAAUCAGAAAAACACCAGUUUUAUGCUGUAUGUGGCUUUGGAAUCAGAAGAUAACACAUUUGCUUAUGCUUCAUAUGAUACUUUUCGGCUAGAGGAUGAAACAAAAUUUUUUAAACUGCACUUGGGGCGGUAUUCAGGAAAUGCUGGUGAUGCAUUCCGAGGCCUCAGGAAAGAAGAUAAUCAAAAUGCAAUGCCUUUCAGCACAUCAGAUGUUGACAAUGAUGGGUGCCGUCCUGUGUGCCUCAUCAAUGGUCAAUCUGUGAAGAGCUGCAGUCACCUCAGGAACAAUACGGGUUGGUGGUUCAACCAGUGUGGCCUAGCAAACCUAAAUGGCAUCCAUCACUUCCCUGGAAAAUUGCUUGCCAGUGGAAUUCAGUGGGGCACAUGGGCCAAAAAUAAGUCACCCAUCAAGAUUAAAUCUGUCUCCAUGAAAAUCAGAAGAACUUACAAUCCAUACUUUAAAUAAUCACACUUUAAAUUGUGCAAGUCCUACAAUUAUUUUUGACAAUAUGUUUAAGAUUUUGCAUAGUUUCCUCUCUUUACUAUGGAUUCUAGUACAUUAGCUAAAAUUUUAUUGUAGAUGACAUUUUGGUAUUAUAGAUUUAAUUAAAAAAUUUCAAUUUUGUAGCAUUUUAUAAAAAAUCAUGUCAUAGUAUGUUUUUGCUACUUGCAAAAUUAAUAAAAUGAAAUACAAUCUAUUUUGAAUGAAUUACAACUUGUAAUCCUGAAAUUUACAUUACUUUUAAGGGACUUUGCCUUCUCUUUGAAGCAUAUAAACCAAGAUGUCAGAAAAAUUCAGGAGAGUAUUUUACUUAUUACUAUAUUCAUUUUAUAUAAUUAAUUAUAUAAUCUAUAGAUACUUUAUACUGAAUAAAAUUAGAAGGAAUAACUUAAUCAGAUUAAUAUAUAAGUUUCACAUGUUUAAAUCCUUAUUAUUUUGAGCUUAUGCCAUCUAUUUUACAAGUAAUGUGCUUACUUCCAAAAUAAAGUCUUUUGUUGCUUUCAUA